AUGCAAUCGUUGGUAGUUUGGUGGGCGGUGGUGUCAGCCGCCUGGGCGCUGGCGGGCGCGUGCUCAAGCUCCAUCUCCAAGCGGCCGGCCAGGCCAGCGCGCCCGCAGCGCCCGCAUCCCCAGCCGCAGCCGCAGUCGCGGAUUAACGUUACCUUCCCCACGUUCAAGUGCGAGCCAGCCUACUCGGAGUACUACUGCCUCAAUGGGGGCACGUGCUUUACCGUGGUGAUCUCGGACAGUCCAAUCUACAACUGCGAGUGUCGGAGCGGGUUCGUGGGCCAGCGCUGUGAGUUCAAGGACCUGGACGACUCGUAUGUGUUUUCGAGUCGGCACCUCAUGAUGGAGACGGCGUCGAUCGCCGGUGGUGCGACGGUGGCCGUGUUCCUCGCCAUUCUAGUCUGCUUCGGCGCGUGGGUGCGCCUGCACCGGCGCGGCAAGACGCCGCCCUUCUCGGAGGAGCGCGGCCAGGUGCAGCUGGUGGCCGUGGCGGCUCCCAGCGGUCGCGUGGCGCUGUGCAAGGCGCCGAGCCAGCCCGCCGUGCUCCACUAG